AUGUCACGAAAUGACAGGUCAUCUGGCCCUAACACACCCAACACCAUCAAGGUCGUUGCGAGAUUUCGACCGCAGAACAAAGUUGAGUUGUCAUCUGGAGGAAAACCGAUUGUGGACUUUGAGAAUGAGCAGUCAUGUGAGAUCAACUCUGGCGAAGGCAAUGGAGCCUUCACGUUCGAUCGGGUCUUUCCCAUGGACUCGAAGCAGACGGAUAUCUUCGAUUUCUCCAUUCGUCCUACUGUCGAUGAUAUCUUGAAUGGAUACAACGGUACGGUCUUUGCAUACGGUCAAACAGGUGCAGGAAAGUCUUAUACAAUGAUGGGAUCCGAUAUCGACGAUGAUGAGGGAAAGGGUAUCAUUCCACGUAUUAUCGAGCAGAUAUUCGCCAGCAUUCUCACGAGCCCGAGCAAUAUGGAAUAUACCGUUCGUGUCAGUUAUAUGGAAAUUUACAUGGAACGGAUUCGUGAUCUUUUGGUGCCCCAAAACGACAACCUACCAGUCCAUGAAGAGAAAUCCAGAGGUGUCUAUGUCAAAGGCCUAAUGGAGGUCUAUGUUUCCAGUGUGCAGGAGGUUUACGAAGUCAUGCGUCGUGGUGGCGCGGCCAGAGCAGUCUCCGCGACAAACAUGAACCAGGAGUCUUCUCGAUCUCAUUCCAUUUUCGUCGUCACUAUCACGCAAAAGAAUCUUGAAACAGGAUCCGCCAAAAGUGGUCAGCUCUUCUUGGUCGAUUUGGCAGGUAGUGAAAAGGUUGGCAAGACAGGUGCUAGUGGCCAAACGCUUGAAGAGGCAAAGAAGAUCAACAAGAGUUUGAGUGCUCUUGGUAUGGUCAUCAACGCUCUGACCGAUGGCAAAUCAACGCAUAUUCCUUACCGUGACUCCAAGCUCACUCGUAUCUUACAGGAGAGUUUGGGAGGUAACUCAAGGACAACUUUGAUUAUUAACUGUUCUCCUAGCAGCUAUAACGAUGCCGAGACAAUCUCUACGCUUCGAUUCGGUGUGCGAGCCAAGGCGAUUAAGAACAAGGCGAAGGUUAAUGCCGAACUUAGUCCCGGUGAAAUGAAGCUAUUACUGCGCAAGGCCCAGACGCAAGUAACAAGUUUCGAGAACUACCUUUCGGCUUUGGAGACAGAAAUAAAUGUGUGGCGAAGUGGUGAAGCUGUUCCAAAGGAUCGAUGGACUCCUGCUCGAGGUUCCGAAGGUGUUAACGCGGCGAAGGCUGAGGCUCGAGCUCCACGUCCUAGUACGCCCUCCCGACUGCAAGACACCCCUCGAUCGGAGACCCCCCGACCAGAUUCGCGAAUGGGUGAUCGCUCCAGUACACCUAGUCUUGUUCUCGAAAAGGACGAGAGGGAGGAGUUCCUUAGACGAGAGAACGAAUUCCAAGACCAAAUUUCGGAGAGGGAGUCGCAUAUAGUGAACGUGGAAAGAAGCCUACUCGAAGCUCGAGAGGAGUUGAAGAACAUCAAGGAAAAUUCGGCACGUUCAGGCAAGGACAACGACAGACUGAAUACCGAGGUUAAUGAACUCCGCAUGCAACUCGAGAAAGUGUCGUACGAGAGCAAAGAAGCUGCCAUCACCAUGGACAGCCUUAGGGAGGCAAACUCGGAACUUACUGGCGAGUUGGAUGAGGUAAAGCAGCAACUUCUCGAUGUUCGAAUGAGGGCCAACGAGACCAGCGCUGCUCUGGACGAGAAGGAGAAGAAGAAAGCAGAAAAGAUGGCUAAGAUGAUGGCUGGCUUUGACCUUGGUAACGAUGUGUUCUCGGAUAACGAACGCAAGCUCCAGGAACUUAUCGCGCAGGUCGACUCGCUGCACAAGGUCAGCGAUGCGGGUGAGACCAUCGCACCGGAUGAUAUCCUCGAGCUGCGUGCCAGCCUUCUGGAGACUCAAGGCUUCAUCCGUCAAGCAGAGCUAACCAUGAACGAUCGGGGCGAGCUGGGCGAGCUGCAGGACAGCCGUAGAGUUGAGAUCGAAAAGAAGUUGACUGAACUCGAGCAAGAAUAUGAAGGACUUCUGAAACGUCACCUUGGCGAAGGUGAUAUCGAUGAGAUCCGAGAGCGAUUGGAGAAGGUUUACAUCAGCCGGAAGGAGACCGAGAUGCAGGCGGCGGAGGAUCUUCGCAGUGAAAUCACUCGUAAGGACGAAGAGCUGAACAAACUACGACAAUCGCUUGCGGAUUCGCAGUCCCGGGUGUCCACCAACGGCGCGGCGGGCAAGAACUUGCAGCAGCAGAUCGCCGAGUUUGACGCGAUGAAGAAGUCUUUGAUGCGUGACCUACAGAACCGCUGUGAGAGGGUCGUGGAACUCGAGAUCUCGCUGGAUGACGCCCGCGAGCAGUACAACAAUGUGCUACGCUCGUCGAACAACCGGGCCCAGCAAAAGAAGAUGGCAUUCCUGGAGCGCAACCUGGAGCAACUUACUCACGUUCAACGCCAGCUGGUGGAACAGAACAGCAGCUUGAAGAAGGAGGUUGCAAUUGCCGAACGGAAACUCAUUGCGAGAAACGAACGGAUUGCAAGCUUGGAGAGCCUGCUCCAGGAGAGCCAGGAGAAGCUUACUCAAGCCAACCAUCGAUUCGAAGCUCAAUUGACUGCUGUCAAAGAACGACUGGAGGCUGCGAAGCAGGGCUCUACCAGGGGUCUUCCAACUAUGGAUGGGAGCGGCAGUUUCAGUUUUGGCGGCUCGAGAAUUGCGAAGCCGCUCCGUGGCGGGGGCGGAGGACCAGAGCCAGGCAAUGGUGCUCCCUCCAACUCGUCCAUCGCGGGAGUCCAGUCGCAGGAGACCGGAAAGCGUACAAGCUGGUUCUUUGAUCGACGAUGA